AUGUCAUCUACUCAACGUUGUUGUGCUGCUUGCCAUAUGCUUGGACAUAGCAGAAGUACUCAUAAGCAAUGUCUCAUGAACCCAAAGAACAUUUCCCUCCACAUUCCUCAAAAGAAAACUAAUGUAAAUGAAUAUCCUGCAGAAACUGCUGCCUUGAGAAUAAGAAGUGAGUCUGUCCAAGACCAAAAUUUGGACAUAGAAACAUUGACUUCUAUUUCAGUUUCUGAGUUGACUGAAUUUCCACUUGCAAAUGAGACUAUUACUGAAGUUCUUGAAGCAGUCAUGGAAGAAGAGAUUGAGGAGACUUCAUCCAAUGAAGAAGAUCAAUUUUACUCCAUUGUCCUCACUGUAACGGAACUGAUCAUUGCCAAAUUACAAGCAGAUUUUGUCCAAACAAUAACAGUAGCAGAGCAAGAGGAUCUAGAAAUCGAGGCAGAGGCUUGA